GAAUCCACUGCAAUCAUGCUGAGGUUCUUGUUGUUGAGUGCUCUCGCUGCUCUGGCUCUGGCCGAGCCCAGAUACAUCGAGGAGACCCCUGAGGAGAGGGUUGUGGGAGGAGAGGUGGCUCAACCCAACGCCUGGCCCUGGCAGAUCUCUCUUCAGUAUCUGUCCGGUGGAAGUUACUAUCACACCUGCGGCGGAACUCUGAUCAGACAGAGAUGGGUGAUGACCGCUGCCCACUGCGUGGACUCACAGAGAACCUGGCGUGUUGUUCUGGGCGAUCACAACAUCAACACCCAUGAGAAUCGUGAGCAGUACAUGACCGUCAGUCAGGUCUACAUCCACCCCAACUGGAACAGCAACAGUGUGGCUUCUGGAUAUGACAUCGCUCUUCUGCGACUGUCCUCUGAUGCCACUCUCAACUCAUACGUGAAGCUGGCUACUCUGCCUCCAUCAGGACAGAUCCUGCCCAACAACAACCCCUGUUACAUCACCGGCUGGGGCCGCACAUCCACUGGUGGUUCUCUCUCUGCUGUGCUGAAACAGGCCUAUCUGCCCAGUGUGGAUUAUCAGACGUGUUCUCGCAGUGACUGGUGGGGCAGCACCGUGAAGACCACCAUGGUUUGUGCUGGAGGUGGAAGGGACUCUGGAUGUAACGGUGACUCCGGCGGUCCUCUGAACUGUCUGGUCAGUGGAAGUUAUUCCGUUCACGGUGUGACCAGCUUCGUGUCGUCUUUGGGCUGUAACACCAACCAGAAACCAACAGUCUUCACUCGUGUGUCUGCUUACAUCAGCUGGAUUCAGGGUGUAAGUGUUACAUCAUCAUCAUCAUCAUGUACCUCAUAA